UCAAGUUGUCAUUUUUGUAAAGAAAAUAAAGAAAAGCCAAUCCAUAUUCCAUAAUUUUUAUUAAUUUACUCUGAAUGGUUCAACAAUAAAAUAAAAUUAAUGCUAAUGACUAUCAUAAGCGCCACGCAGUGUAAAUAGUGUGAUCUACAUAUAAAACACAUUUUAUGUUUAAGUGCUCUUCGUCUGAUUAGGGUAAGCAAAAUGGGUGGAUGGUUUAGCAAAAGUAAAAAGCCUGUAAGUAGGGUAACUGAGCAAGAUAAGGCAGUAUUACAACUCAAACAACAAAGAGACAAGUUGAAACAGUAUCAGAAGAGAAUAGAACUCAAUCUUGAAAGAGACAGGCAGUUGGCGAAAAAACUUUUAUCGGAAGACAAACGCGAUAAGGCCAAGUUACUUUUGAAAAAGAAGAGGUAUCAGGAAAAUCUCCUGCAUAACGCUGAUAUACAGUUAGAGAAGUUAGAACAACUUACACAUGAUUUGGAGUUCACACAAAUUGAAGUCCAGGUGCUUGAUGGCUUGAAGACUGGAAACGCAGCUUUAAAGAAAGUACACGACAUUCUCAACAUUGAUGAAAUAGAAAAGAUACUAGAUGAAACAAAGGAGGGUAUUGAGAAACAGAGAGAAAUAGAUGAACUCAUAUCCGGACAAUUGACUGAAGAGGAUGAUGAGGCUAUUGAAGCUGAGCUUGAAUCAAUCCUUGAUGUCGAAGAUCAACUGCCCGAGGUUCCUACUGAUAAAUUGCCUGAUGUUGUUGAGGAAAAGACACCAGAGAGACCUCAAAGAGUGAAAUCUAGUUCAAAGAAAAUUGCUGUUGAGGCUUAAAUAUUUAUUUUUUUACCAUAUUAUUUAAUAGUGUAUAUGUACCUAAUAUAAUAUAUUUUAUUAUCA